AUAUAGUUAUUUUUCUUUAUGCUUGGAUCAGAUUAAAGCCAAUUAUUUGUCAUGACUUCAAGCUUGAAUUUUUUCUUAUUCUUGCAUUUCAUAUUUUUCUUUCUAUAAUCUCUGUUUUUCUUGUUUCUUUCUAUAUCUAUUGUUUUGUUUUUGAUGAAGCAUCAGUAUGUAAAUAUGACCGCGCACUCACACACAUGCAGAUCAGGCCUCUCAGUGGUAACCUGAGGCCUCCCUCUCUCUACACUUUUCUUUUUGUCACUCCAUAAAUCUAUCGCUCUACUUGUCUGAUUGUCUCGCUCCUUGAUCUCCUCCUUUCGCUCUCGUUACAGCUACAUACUGUAUGUUUUUUGGUGUCUCUGUUGUCAUGAUGAUGAACUCACAAAAAGCUUGUGAAAGUUUUUGGGUUUUAUCUGUUUGCAAGCUCUAUGUCUCUGCCGUUCCUUCCCCCUUAGUUGUUUGUGUAUUAAUCUCCCUCCCAGAGACGGUUUAUAUAUGUAUUUGUGUCGUAAUAUGUAUAUAACCGAACGUCCCUUCCUCCUCCUUUUGAAUCUGAAAGUGAAUUAGUAGACUCAGAGGUUGGUAGCAUUUACAUGUUUUUUUUUGUUUUUGUCUUAUUUUUUAAGCUCUGUUACCUCUAGUAAGGGCCCCUUUUUAUGCUAUAGAUUAGAUGUUAGACUAUAGACUUUAGGAUGAAGUUGGGUUCAAUUAAUCCCGCACAGAAACAGAUGUGCCUUCUUCUAGUGACUUUUCCUCCUCUUGUUCUUCUUUCUAUCUAUCUCCCUCUGUUCUUCCUCACUCUCUCUCCCUUUUGCUCCCCAUCUAACAAGGAGUUUAAAGGUGUAGCAGAUGUUGCUAAUGUUGAUGACAGUGAGUGAAGAUGUUUUGACCGUUGUCUGGCUACCACAUGUACUUGUGUGUGACUGAGUGAGUGUAUGUGUGCGUGUGUGUGUGUGUGAGGAAAGCACUUCUUAUUAUUGGAAUAUUGUGGUCUUUCUUUCCUCUCUUCCUCACAUCAGGAUAACAUUGGGCACCGGCUCCUUCAGAAACAUGGCUGGAAGUUGGGUCAAGGCCUGGGCAAAACCAUGCAGGGUAAGGUUUGUAGGACCUCCCCCACUGUAUGUUUGUGUGUAUGUUUGAGUAAGUGUGCGUGUGGAUGUUUUUCUUGAAAUAAUACGUAAUAACUCUCCCCCUUUUACAGUGUAGCCUAACGGCUUCUCUUAGUUCUUGUCUCUACGCUUACAAUCACUAAACGCUCUCUGCUCAAAAUACCAGCACUACGAUUUGAAACUCAUGCCAAAAUGGAAUCUGUAAACAUUUUGUAGAAAUUAAUUAAUUGUCCACUGUUUUUUUUUUUGUUCAGAAUUCACCCAUGUUAGAAUAGUAAUUGUAAAUAUUAGUUUAAUGUAUGUUUGGCUGCGAUGGGGGUGUUUUGAUUGGCUGAGAACAAGAGAUGGGGCCCUCUGAUUGGCUGAGAAUAUGAUUCUGCCUCUUUCCCAUGAUUCCCUUGAAUGGCUUGCCAGAAUGAGCCUCAAUCUCUCGCCCAUUCUCCCCCUCCUUCCGCCUUCGAUCGGUCUAUCUGCCUGCGUCCACUUUUGUGAAGUGAAUGUACACCUGUGGUACAUGUGGGAGUGGAAAUUGUAUUUGCAGAGUGUGUGUGUGUGUGUGUGUGUGUGUGUGUGUGUGUCACCAAAACGAGGGGUGGGGGCUCAGGUGUUUUAGCUUGCAGGGAGAAGUCUUCACACCAUCCCACCUGCAUCCCACUUCUCCUCUUAUAAAUGUACUGACUUGUGAAAGCCUCACCUGACCUGACCCAUCUCCUUCCACCUCUCCUGCAGAGCAUGCUGGCUGUAGAGACCCAGUCUUGUGAAGCUGAGUUUUGAGCAACGCAGGAUACCACAAAACAGAUUGCAACUGAUCCUCGAUAAAUGGCGAGAUUAAAACAGCUGUGAAAGCGAUCUAGUCCUCGAAGAACGAUGCGCUGCUAAAAGCUCUCUCACAGCGUAUGCUUCUCAUAGCUCGUACAGCUGCGUGAUGGAGUAUGCAUACGACGGCCUCUCUGUCUCAAAUGCAUUCAUGCGGGGACUUGGGCGAAAGGGGGGAGGAUGGGGACAGAGUGAUGGUUGAUACAUUUCUGUUGAAGGACAGUCAACAAAGAGAGGGGAAACAAGAGAGCGGACCGCUUUAGGAAUGGUUUUCAGGUUCUCCUCUGAGGGAAGUCUGAAAUUAGAAAGUAUGUCCUCCUUGUGGAGGAAUUCGAAAGCCUGAAAUUAUAGUACCAGAAAUGAGCGGUCAAGAGGAGGAGAGAAGGAGUGUCAGGGAUGGUGAGAGGGUAUCCCUGUAAUCACCCAAGUCCAUUGGUAGGGGUUACACCGAAGCCCCUGUCCCCAAACCCUUUACCCCCUGAACCCUCUCUUUGUGCCUCAAUCUUCCUGCUUAACCAAUUGGUGUUUCUUUUUUGCAGCAUUAUGAUCCUGGCCAUGUUGUGCUGAUGGUAAACUUAGUGUAUCUAGCCCUUCAUUGCGGACGAACUGACCCUGUGCCCAUCAUCCUCAAAUAUGACGUCAUGGGAAUGGGGCGCAUGGAAAUGGAGUUGGACUAUGCAGAAGAUGCCACAGAGAAGCGGCGGGUGCUGGAAGUGGAAAAAGAAGACACAGAGGAACAGCGUCAAAAAUACAAGGAUUAUGCGGAGAAAGAGAAAGCCAUAGCUAAAGCUUUAGAGGACCUGAGGGCCAAUUUCUACUGUGAACUGUGUGAUAAGCAAUACCAGAAACAUCAGGAGUUUGACAAUCACAUCAACUCCUACGAUCAUGCACACAAGCAGAGAUUGAAGGAGCUGAAGCAGAGAGAGUUUGCCCGGAAUGUGUCUUCUCGCUCCAGGAAGGAUGGCAAAAAACAGGAAAAGAUGUUGCGGCGGCUUCUUGAACUGGCCGAACAGAGGAAACAGCAAGACCUUGUCCCUGGUAGUGGCCCUAUGUUUAAAACUACCACAGUGGCAGUAGAUGGAGAAAAGGGGGAAGACUCCAUGGAUGGAGUGCCUAUGACAGUGGACACCAACACAGAGGCUAAUGAAGAUAAGGGAAUCUGUAGCGUUAGCGGUCAAGGCUCCCCUAGAACAGGCCCUGCCAUCAGCUUUGGUUUUAACAAAGCUAGUUCUUCUCCAAUACCUUCUGGAGGCUCACAGGCUCCCAAACUGAGUGUCUCCUUCUCUUUUGCUAAGAAAGCCCCAGUCAAACUUGAGACAGCUGCCGCUGUGUUUGCAGACCAUGGUGAGGAGACAGUGGAAGGAGAAGAAGGUCAGGAAGAGGGAGGAGAAAAGACUGGAGGAGAGGAUGUAGGUGUGGAAUUCACCACUGAUAUCCCUCAAGUAGCAGGAGCAGAAGGAGAAGGUGGAAGUGGUGGGGGUGAGGAAGAGCAGUCACAACCAGAUGAUGGAGGUACCCUGGCCUCGACUUUAAACAAACUGAAGAUGAUGAUGAAAAAGGAGGAAGGUUACUCCGGACAGGAACCACAGUAUUAUCAUUAUGUACCACCUGCACAUUGUCGGGUCAAGCCGCAUUUCCAGUUUCUGCUUUUCAUGAAGGCUUCAGACCAAUGUGAUAGCAAGGAGGAGGAGGAAGAUGGAGCAAAAGAUGAAAAGGCAGCAGCAGGUAAUGACGGAGAGCAAAAACAUAUCAAAAUCAGCAGCUGCACAUCUGAAAAACACACUGAGAAUGAACCUACACAGGCACAAAACACAAAUCCCACAUCAGCUACAGUGAAGACAGAGGAAGAAUCUGGUACCACACCUGCAGGGCAAGGUGAUACAGCAGUGGCGGAUAUCUCAUCCCAACAAGCUGAUACCAAGCAAGUUAUGUCUGAGCCUACAGACACGGGUCCCCGCAUGCCAACUGGCCCUUUCUUUCCUGUGCUAAGUAAGGACGAAAGCACCACGUUGCAGUGGCCUUCUGAAUUGUUGGAGUUUACUAAGGCUCAGCCAUCCCUCUCCUACAGUUGUAAUCCUCUUUACUUUGACUUCAAACAGUCAAGAAACAAAGGAAACUGGGCAAGCAAAAACCUCAAACCUGCCAAGCCAGUUAGCACUGAAGGACGAGAGGGGUCUAAGUCUGAAAACACAGACAGUACUCCUGCAAAUAGUGGAGAGGUCUGCACUGCUACAACGAUUGCUGGGUCCAGUACAGUUCAAAAAGAACAAUCAUCCCUGAAAGAAGGGGAUGCUGAGAGUGAGAACAGCAAGCAGAAAUUACAAAGUAAUGAAGAUGUGUCUGCAGGGUCUAAGAAAAAAAAGAAGAAGAAGAAACACAAGAAGUCAAGCAAGCGUUCCAAACGUAAAGAAAAAGCAGCAGUGGAGGGGGAGUUAGAAAAUGAGAUUUCAGGGGAGAAAACUAAAAAGAAGAAAAAACACAAAAGAAAGAAAAGCAAAAAUAAACCACGUAGCACUGAUGAAAUUGAAGCAGAGGGAGGUGACGGUAAGGAAAUAGAGAAAGAAAAGGAUGACAAAGAUGUAGUAGCCCCUGCUCAGUCAUCAGGAGUAAGCACAUCCCACGAAGGAGGAAAGAGGAAACGUUCCCACAAAAUUUCUCAGUGCUCUAGAGUUGAGGAAAGCAGUGCAGGGAAGCCUAGCUCUGCAGAGGAACACAAUGGUACCAAACGUCUUAAACCAGACACCAACACACCUGCUGCCUCCUGCUCUGCUUCAGCCCAAAAGAGCAUAAGUGGAGGUCGACCUCCAAGUAGUGACAGCGAGGAGGAUGGUGGAUCAUCCUCUCAACGUUCUCGACAAGCUCACCGUCGCUCCACGCCACCACGUGAGCAGCGAAGACACCGCAGUGAUGAUUCUGGACGAUCAGGACGUUCACAUAGUAGGUCGUCUCGUCGAGGAGACCACAACCAUAGACGCCACAGAGGUCAAAAGUCACGCAGUCGAUCCUACUCCAGUAGCUCUGAACGUUCCUCAGCAGGGAGCAGUGCUUACAGUCGCCGUAGCCAUAGCUAUUCAGACAGUUACAGUGACUACAGUGAUGAAGGACGUCGCCGCAGAUCAAGAAGACCUUCCUCUGAAUCAGACUAUGAAAGGCGUGAUAGUGGGCGAUCUCACAGGCGACAUUACACCCCAUCUUCUUCAGAGGAGGAAUCCCGUUCACGUUCACGCUCACACAGCCGCAGGAAGCACCAUCGGCGGAGACACCAACGGAGCAGUAGUCGCAGCUCCAGCCGUAGUAGUAGGAGUAGCAGCGCUCGUUCUUACAGACAUAGCAGCUACAGUCGCAGUCGAAGCUCUGCUAGUCGUUCAUCUAGCUCCACCAAGGGCUCUCCACAACGGCACAGUCACAGCCGGCGAUCUGACAGCUCGUCACGGCGACGGGAUUUCAACCGGUCGCGAAUCUACCGCUCCCAGUCUCCAAGGUCAUCUUCCCGCACACAAACCCGAAAUAGCAACUCUUCAUCGGCACAAGGGACAAGAGGUGGUGGAGCUUCCUCAAAGGAGGGAGGAGGGGCUGCAGAACAUCGAAAUUCAUUCACAGCUCGACAACUCUUGGAGAAAAUCCAGUCUAAAAAAGGAGGGGAUGAAUCUGGUACUGGCACCAAGACUGGCCUCAAGAUCAAGGACCCUCCACAGGGAUACUUCGGGCCCAAGCUCCCCCCUGCCAUUGGAAACAAAAGUAUGUUGCCCCUUUUUGGCAAGCUUCAAGCAGGAAAGAAGCCACCGUUAUUUCCUUUUACACGUUCAAUCGAGGGCGAAAAGUCAGAGCAAGGGAAAAAUUCAGAUAGUAAUGAAGUUAUCCUGGUGGAACCCAUUCGUGAGUUUCCCCCACCUCCCCCUCCACCUCAGCCACCAGUUCAACAACAGCAACAACAACAACAAAAGCAGCAGUUGGAGGAGGCUGUAUCAAAUGCUUCUGUGACCGAGGAGACCAGACAUCCGACCUUGGACCCUCCAGCCCUUCAUGAGUCUCAACCACAAUAUGAGCAGGAUCCAGCAAUUAUGAUGUCUCAAUACCAAGGUGAACCCGGACAAGACCCCAACAAUCCCAUGUUGGAUGGACAUUUAAUGGGGCCUGAAAUGGGUCCACAGCCUACUAUGCACGCCUACCCUGGUUACCCUCCCAACAUGGAAGAUGGGGAAAUGGGCAUGGAACCUGAAGAAGAUGGUCUUGCACCUUUAGAAAGUCAACCAAUCACCUUUACCCCAGAGGAAAUGGAGAAAUACAGCAAGUUGCAGCAAGCAGCUCAACAGCACAUUCAACAGCAACUGUUAGCCAAGCAGGUGAAGACCUUCCCUUCAGCUGCAGCUGCUGCUGCAGCAGCUAACUUGGCAGCAGCUGCCAACCUUGCCCCUGCACCACCGCCCCCACAAGCUGCACUGCAGCCUAUCCACAUUCAACAACCCACAGUUUCUGCAGCUUCUGCUACCUCUCUUACUUCAGUCCAGCAUGCCAUCCUGCAGCACCACGCUGCUGCCAUGGGACUCCAUCCCCAUAACCCACAUCAUCCCCAUCCUGCCCAUGCCCAGCUAGCCCAGGUUCACCACAUACCUCAACAUCAUCUGACCCCUAUCUCCUUGUCACCAUUGGGCCAUUCCUUGAGUCAUUCACUGGGUCACUCUUUAGGACACACCGGCUUGAUUCCAGCCCACCACACUGCCUUCCUUUCAGGCCAACCUAUACAUAUUAUACCAGCCUCUGCACUCCAUCACACCCCUCUCGCUCUACACCACAUCCCACAUGCUGCUCUCUACCCAACUCUCUUCGCCCCUCGGCCAGCAACUGCUGCGGCAGCAGCUGCCCUACAGCUACACCCACUUCUUCACCCUAUCUUCUCAGGGCAGGACCUUCAGCACCCUCCAAACCAUGGCUCCUGAAAAUUAGUCUUCUCUCAAAAAGAGGGCCUGGCCCAGCAGUGUGAAUAGCUAAAAAGUUCUAGCUAAUGAUUGGCACGAUCUGGCAACACACUGUCCUCUGUGUGCCCUGCUACCUUAGGAUGACCUCAACUGGGCUGUUUAGGAGUACAUUUAAAAUGAGGACAGAAUACGAUCUUGGCUGUCAUUUUAGAUUGUAAUGGCCUGAACCAGAAGCCAGGUUGGCAGGUUGACGUGUGUAUGGGUGCAUUCAAUGUGUGUGUGUGUGUGUGUGUGUGUGUGUGUAUAUAUAUAUAUAUAUAUAUAUA